CACAUAGUUCAUGAUCAUAAUCACAACAUCACAAACCUCGUGGAUGUCAAUAUAACCUCUAAAUAGUUUAAUUAUUUUUCAGUUUUAGACAUUUUUAAACAUUAUUAAGUGUUACAUUGACUAUUUUACUGAAAAUAGUUGUUUAAAGUAGAUAGUUAAAUUGUGUUUAAAUUUAAUAUAGUUAAAUACUUAAACAAAUUGUAACUUAAUUUACAAAUGUGAAUCAAUUUUGUUAUACAUCACAUAAGGUUAUUAAAACAAAUUUUGUUAUUUGUUUACUUUAAAAAUUAAGAGAAAAAUAAAAUGUCUUCCCCAUGUACUGAAAUCAUUGAUGAUAUUGAAGAUUUAAUAUCUUCACAAGAUAUUACUCCAAAAGAAAGAUACAGUUCUCGAAAAAAAGUGACUGUUCGAGCAAAGAGAAAACAGGACCAAGAAACAAUACCUGAACCGCCAAUUUAUUCGAGUAUAAUUCCAGGUACUCAAACUAUUUUUGUAAAAACUUGGGGAUGUACUCAUAAUAGUUCCGAUAGUGAAUAUAUGGCUGGACAACUUGCUGCUUAUGGUUAUAAUUUAACGGAAGAUAAAUAUCGUGCCGAUUUGUGGCUUUUGAAUUCAUGUACUGUUAAAAAUCCAGCGGAAGAUCACUUUAAAAAUGAGAUCGAAGCUGGAAGAAAGUUAGGAAAACAUGUUGUAGUUGCAGGUUGUGUACCACAAGGAGCGCCAAAAUCAAGUUUCAUUCAAGGAUUAAGUAUGAUUGGAGUUCAGCAAAUUGAUCGAGUUGUUGAAGUUGUCGAGGAAACAUUAAAAGGAAAUAGCGUUCGAUUUUUGGGUCAAAAGAAAGAGUCUGGUAAAAAAAUUGGAGGUGCUUCACUCGAUCUUCCCAAAGUACGCCGAAAUCCAUUAAUUGAAAUCAUUGCAAUUAAUACAGGAUGUCUUAAUCAAUGUACUUAUUGUAAAACGAAACACGCGAGAGGUGAACUUGGUAGCUAUUCACCGGAGCAAAUUGUCGAGAGGGCAAAACAAGCUUUCGAUGAAGGUGUUUGCGAAUUGUGGUUGACUUCCGAAGAUACUGGUGCCUAUGGCAAAGAUAUUGGCACAAGUUUACCGGAAUUACUUUGGAAAUUAGUUGAAAUUAUUCCCGAGGGUUGUAUGAUGAGAAUUGGUAUGACAAAUCCUCCAUAUAUUCUUGAGCAUUUGGAAGAGAUUGGCAAAAUUCUACGACAUUCACGUGUCUAUAGUUUUCUUCACGUUCCCGUGCAAUCGGGAAGCGAUCAAAUUUUAUCGGACAUGAAACGUGAAUAUACAAGAGCUGAUUUUGAAUAUGUCGUGGAUUUUUUGCAAGAGAAAGUUCCUGGCGUGACAAUUGCCACUGAUAUUAUUUGUGGAUUUCCAACGGAAACUGAAAUAGAUUUUGAGGAAUCUAUGAUACUUUGUGAAAAAUAUAAAUUUCCAAGUUUAUUUAUUAAUCAAUUUUUCCCGCGACCAGGAACACCAGCGGCAAGAAUGACCAAAGUUCCAACGCAAGACGUCAAGAAGAGAACAAAACGUUUAUCAGAAUUUUUCCAAUCUUACGAACCCUAUGGACAUGAAGUUGAUAGCGUGCAAGAAGUUCUUGUCACUGAAAUGUCACAUGAUAAAAAACAUUAUGUUGCGCACAAUAAAUUUUAUGAACAAGUCUUGGUACCAAUGAAAGAGGAAUUUAUGGGAAAAAUGGUUACAGUGAAAAUAACAUCGGCUACGAAACAUUCAAUGAAAGGAGAACCACUUAAUGAAGGUGUUUCACCAGCUCUAAAGCCAUCAUUGCCGAGGGGAAUUGUUUCCGGUGUACCUGUUGAAAUGCAACCAUCGAAAUUUCGAAUUAUUGCAAUGGUGGGAUUGUUUAUUGCACUUUUUGCUAAAAUUUUGUGGAAACUUUUUACAAUAAAUUAAUUUUGAAGUUAA